UUAACGGCUACUUGAAAAACAAACUCUCUCUCUCAUCUUUUCAUCAUUUCUGACUUGCUUCUUCCUGUUCAUCACAAUAGCCAGAAAAUUCCAACGGUUCUAGCGCUGAACCUAAAUCCAGCGCCAGAUAUUUUAUUAUGUCUGAUUUAGAACUAAGGAAUAUGGAAGGGAUUCUUGAAGAACUGGAUGAAGCAAAAGCUGAUAUAGAGAAGCUUAGAGCAGAAUGUAAGAUGAAGGGAGAGUUAUCUGAGCAUUUGAAAAGAGUUAAUAGCGAGCAGUUUGCAAAGUUACAGGAGGCGAAUUUGAAAAUUGAGAAGCUAGCUGAAGAGGUAAAUGAAAAGGCGGAAGAAUUAUCCAAGGAGAAGAAACGUUUGGAGGAAGUUGAACGAAGUUUGGUUGAAAGAGAGUCUGCUGUAAAGCAUCUUGGUUCUAUGAAUGAUAAGCUUCGAGCUGAUGCCAACGAGAAAUUUGAAAACUUGAAAGAAGAAAUGAGCAGGCUGCUAUCGGCUUUGGAUAGCACGAAUGAGAAAUGCAUGCUUCAAGAACAGAAGAUAUGUCAAUAUGGAGAAGAAAUUCGAGGCCUCAAAGAGAAUCUCUUGCUUUGGCAAAGAAAGUGUUCAGAAGCUGAAGAACGACUUGUACAGAAUGAGGGGGGAGAAAGAGAUGAUAUACUAAUUGAUUUAAACAAUGAAAUUGCAGAACUUAAAGAUCAGUUGAAAUGGAAGACAGAGCACUUUAAACAUCUGGAAGAGGCACAUGAGAAGGUUCGAGAUCAAUUCAAGGCGAACAAAAAAGAGUGGGAGCUGGAAAAAGGUACACUGCUUGAUGAGAUCUCUUCCCUGCAGACAAGGCUAGAUUCUCAAAUGUUAAUCUCAAAAGAUCUUAAUAGCAAGUUAGAAAUGUGCCAUCAAUCCCUUGCUUACGAAGAGAGUCGACGAAAAUAUUUACAGAUUCAAGUUACUGAUUUUGAAACACGGUUUGAUAAUGUUCUUGAUGAGUGUGAACGUGCAAAAACGCAGCUGGAUGAGAUGACUGCUCAGAGGGAUAAAGAAAUAGCUACUUUAAGAAGUUCAUUAGGAACAAAAGAUUCAUUUCUCAAGGAACGUGAAUAUCAAACACGAAAGCUGGAGGAAGAAAAUCAGGAGUUGCGGAUAGCCAUUAAAGAACUCCAGGAGGAACAAAUUCAAGUAGAUGGGUGUUCGCCUUCUUUCAGAGAAUUGCAAAAGAAAAUGCAAAGCUUGGAAACUGCCCAUGGUGAAUGUACUGCAAAUCUAAGGGCUAAAGAAGUUGAAUGGACGUCUCAAAUGGAAGAAGUUUUGAGUAACUUGAACGAUUGCAAAUCUGAGCUAUGCAGAAAAGAAGCAGCAAUAAAGGAUCUUGAAGCAACGUUGGAAAGUCAUUAUUCUUCAGCAUUGCAGUUGAAGUUACAAAAUGAUGAGUUUUCUGCCAUGGUACUUGUAUUAAAUCAGGGAAUAUCGGAGGCUCAAGUUAAGCUGGCGAAAGAAGUGGCUGAAGUUUACAUGCAUGACAAGGAUAGAGAAGAGAAAAUAUGUUUAUUGAUGAAGCAGGUGGAGGUGCAGAAUGCGGCUUUGGCAAAGGCCAACAAAGACAUUGAAGAGGAACGUGACAAGGUGGCCUCUUUGAUGAUUAGAGUAGAAUCCUUGGAUCUUUUUGAGGAACAGCUUCAGCUAAUGCAGAAAGAAAUAGAUGGCUACAAGGAAUUGCUCGAGGAAUCAGCUAGGUGUCAGCUCUACUUAGAGGAGCAAUACUUGCAAAUGAAACAUGAUGCAGAAGAAAAACUUGAAGUUUGCAAUGCCUUGGGCAAGGCAAAUGCUGAACUUGCUGAAAAAGAAUCUAUUUAUGUUCGAGUUCAAUCAAUGGAGCUAAUUGAGGAGCAGUACAAAUUAAAGCUGCAAGAGCUUGAUCAGGCUAUGGAAAUACUUGAAGAAUCGUCCAGGGAUUAUCUUCUACUGGAAGAACAAGUGUUGCAAAUAGAAUGUGAUGCAAUGGAUAAACUUCAGGAAGCAUGUAAUACCUUGGAAGAAGCAAAUGCCGAACUGGAUGAUAAGAUGUGUGAAGGAAACCAAAUUGAAUUUGAAGUGCAUAUGUGGAGAUCUAUAGCUGAACAAUUACAAGUUGAUCUUGAGGAAAAUCAUAGCAAACGAAGAGAGUUGGAAGCCUCACUUCUUGAAGAAAUCCAUGAAGGAGAGAACGUUAAGCGAGAGAGAGAUAGCCUUAUUCAAAAGUUAAAUGAGAAAGACAAGAGGAUUGAAAACCUCGAGCAACAAGUUAUGCUGCUAGAGCAAGGGCUUGAAAUACUAGAACUGGAGGCCACUGCUUUGUCAGGAGCGGAAUCAGCUUCCCUUGAAUCGAUGAGGGAUAGCUUUCUUCAGACUAUACGAGAGAAGGAUGAGAUGUUAGAGCAACUCCAAAAUGAAGUUGAGUGCCUGGAGCAAGAUUCACUGAGACGAGAACUUGAAGUAGCAUUGCUAUCUCAUCUUGGUGCUGAGAGUAUGUUUGAGCUUGAGAAGGAGAAGCUAAUCCAGAUGGUAGAAAAGAAAAACCAAAGAAUAGAUAAACUCAUGCAGCUAGUACAUUCACUGGAGCAGCAAUUCAACAGCUCUUUGAUAUCUUUUUCAUCAGAGAUUAAUGAAAAGCAAGCAGAAAUUGAUAUCGUCCACCAGUUAUGGGAGAAGAUUAAUGCUGCUGAAUCUUUGGCUGUUCUUGAAACUGAAGAGAAGAAACUGAUGAUUGUGGAACUUGAGGAUAAUGUUCGUGUUAUACAGCAGAAGCUGGAGCUGCAGGAAGCAUCGUUGAGUCAUGCAAGAGAUAAAGCAAUGAAGAUUGAAGCAGAUUUGGAAGCAAAAGAGACUGAAAUGAAGAAACUGACUGAUGAAUUGAAGACAAAGCUAAGAUAUUCAGAUGUAUUAAUCGAUGAGCUCAGGAGUGAGAAAGGUAAUUUAGUGGAAGACGUGAUGAAGUUGUCUUCAGAAAAGGAAAACUUGGUGGGUAUCAUUGGGGGCUUAGGCAAUAAUAUCAGCGAGUUUUCGAAUUCAGACAGAGAAUUGAUGGUCCUUCUGGAGAAGAUAAUGCUGCUCCUCCCUUGUGCUAAUGAAUGUCAAAGCAUUGAGCUGAAAGAGAACGUGAAUUCUCCUUCAAUGAAAAGAUCUGAAGUCUCGGCUGAUGCAAGAUCGCCCUUUAGAGAGCUCAACUGUUAGCCGCGCCUGCUGACUGCAACCAGUAGCUAACAACUUCUACGGUCAGUACAAUUCUUUUGCCUCAAAAUCGCUUUGAUCUGUACAAAUUCUCUGUAUAAGCACCAAGCUUCUUUAAUUUAACGUAGUAUGGGAUCCUACUGUUUUGUACGAACAAGUGAUUAGAACAGGCUCAACUUUAUUUUUACUUAAAGAGCUAGUGUUCAAAUUUGUUUCAA